AUGGCCGAAAAAGAAAUCGAAGACCUUAAAAAACAACUCAAGGAAGCUAGGGCGCGAGAGGAGAACGAGCGACGCGAAAAGGAAGAAGCAAAGGCGCGUGAGGAGAACGAGCGACGCGAAAAGGAGAAAGAGCGACGCGAAAAGGAGAAAGAGCGACGCGAAAAGGAAACAGAGCGGCGCAAAAACCAAAAGACGACUCUAGCGGAGUACUUGUACAACUGCCACUUCGACCUGUACCAAAAACUCAGGCUCGCUGGCCCGUCGGAGAGCUCUACUGGCUUGGCGACAUCGGUCGACGGUAAAUACUAUCCCAGGUGGCUUCGCCCUUGGCAUGCCUUUACCGACAGCCAGCGACGAGAACACUUCGACGAUAUCAUCCGCAUCUGCGGCGAGAAGCGACUCUUUCAACAAGAGAGCACAACAAGAGAUAACGGAAUCAAUUUCGAGCGGAAAAAAGCCGGUUAUGAGAAUGCUAUCGACCAUUUCGAAAAGACAGCAGUCGAAGACCCUACGUGGAUGAUUCUGGAGCCCGUUUGGGCUGACAGGGGGCUACGCCAGAAGUACCAAACCACAGAUCUCACGUUUAUAAAUGGCAUUCGCAACUUUAAGGACCUCAACGAAGAUAUUGGAGCUGAAACAAAAACGGGGAGGGGAAAGCAGCAACCUGACGGAGGUGGCAUCCGAACAGGCAUAGACGAAAACGAGAGCCCAGCUUUCAUGUAUGAUUACAAGGCUGCGCACAAGUUUGCCGUGGAGGAUCUCGACGCCGCUCUUGAAAAGGAGACGCUGUUCAUGGAUGUCUACGAGUGGGCGCAGACCGACCAGUACAAAACAGACUCGACGCUUCGAACGAAAGAGCGAGAAGCAGCGCGGAUUGCCAUGGCACUGAUACAAGUCUUCAAUUAUAUGUUGUGGUAUGGGGUCGGGUAUGGCUAUGUCGCCGCUGGAAAAUCUUUGGUGCUUCUUUAUUACGACCGAGCAGAGCCACUUGUUUUGCGCUGGCACCUUUGCGUGCCAGACAAAAUGGUGAUUCGGCCAACAGCUGAGCUUCAUGUCGAACAAGUGUCUCAGACUGCGGUUGCUCAGCUUGCCAGCUUUUGUCUGUUGAGCCUCCGCUCUCAGGCGCUUACGGGCCGUCCGCUCAAGAAGGCAAUGAAUCAGGCCGAGGGCAUUCUGAAAAAAUGGAAAAGGGAAGCUUACACGGACCCGGUUACUCCGCAGGAGUCAGAUGGCACAGAUUCAUCUUCAUCUAUGCCCUCGCGCGGCACAGAUAAAUCUUUUGCUUGUGAUGACUCCCCGGUGGCUCGAAAAUAUCCUUUGCGAUCGUGCAAGGGCUCUACGGCGCCUCUCAAGUCGCGCGAUGAGGAUGAAGAAGGCGGAGCAGAGGGCUAUCAACGCCAGCGCGGAGCAGGAGCCAGCGUCAACAAGGGAGAGAAGGACUCCAGUAGGAAGAGCAAAGACAAAGGCACCGGAGGCUCUGCUCCGGCACCCACGAAACAAUACUGCACACAAGCCUGCCUUCUUGGCCUCAAGCUGGGUCGUGAACUAGACAGCAGGUGCCCUAAUGUGCUCUAUCACGGUGUUGGCGGCAACACACGCCACCCGAUCGACGCUCAGGAGUUGACUAAACUCAUGAGCGAGCAACUGCGUCAGGACCCGUACGGGAGUUGUGAUGCCCUCAUCGGCCGGCGCAAAUAUGGUUCUAGUGGCGUGCUGUUCAAGUUAGAACUGGCACGCUUCGGCUACACUUUUGUUGGCAAGGGCACCGUGUCCGCACGUCCGAGGCGCCUGGAGCACGAGUGCAGUAUCUAUCAGCGACUUGAAAAGCUUCAGGGAGACGUGGUGCCUGUGCACCUGGGCAUGGUCUCGUUCCGUCCUGGCUACCUCUUGCCUGGCGGCGCGUACGUGAUCCAUAUGAUGUUGAUGUCAUGGGCUGGGGUGGCGAUGGAUACGACGCUGUCAAAUCUGGAAUGGGAGGUGCAGCGAUCCAUACAAACGAUCUAUGAGAAUGGUGUGAACCACCAAGACGAACGUGAGCCUAACCUGCUCUGGAACGCUGAGCGAUGCCGCGUGAUGGUGAUCGAUUUCGAUCAGGCAACCGUCCUACCACCACCUAAACACAAGCGAUUGUCUCAACUUUCUAAGGCGGGAAGGAAACGGAAGGGGGAUGAGUUUAACUAUAACAGCACGAAGCGGGGUGUGCCUGGUGUGCUGAGACGUUCUGUACAAUCUGUACAAUAG